AAAAAAUGAUACUUUAACUUUAAAAAAUAUUUUACUAAAAUAAAAUAUACAGAAUUAGCCAAUUGAAGCUCCAAAUUAUGUUGAAAGCUUUUAAUAAAUCCCUCUAAUAUAAACUUAAAGUUCUUUUGUAGACAUCAACAAUAUUGUUUCCAUAUCUAAUAAUAUGAAUAUCCUGCUAAAUCAAACCACUUAAAUUAUAAUUUAAAAUAGCUUGUUUGAAAAUAACACUGCACUAGAAGGAGGAGCAAUAUUUAUUACUUAAAUUAAAGGAAAUAUUUAUUUCUAAAACUCUACAUUUAGCAAUAAUUCAGCAUAUGCUAAUGGUGGAGCUAUCCUAUUCGAUACUAUACUGUGUAUUUCUUUUGAUUAAAAUACUAAAAUAUUAUUUAAUAGUGCUUUGAUUGGUGGUGGUAUCAGAAUUAGAGGUGUGUAAGAAUUUAAUUUAAUUAACGAUGGAUAAAUUUUUAAUAAUAAAGCAGAAAUAUAUGGAGAAAACAUAGCAACUUAUCCAAGCUUAUUGUAGAUAGAAUUAUUUUCUUAAGUAAAUAACUAAUUUAAGUUCGAUAAUAGCAACUUUACUAACAACAGAUAGAUCUAUAUUCAAGAUUUUUAAAGUGGAGGAUCUUUGGAUAUUUAUUUAUUUUUUAUGGACAAUGAAGGAAAACACCUAAAUUUUUCAGUAAAUUCUUUUAAAUAAGGACUUUAUCCAAAAGUAAUAGAAAACGAAAUAUAACAAUUCAAUGCUCAUUUAGAUUUAUUUAAUAAAAGUUCAAUUUAGAUUAUUGGAGCAUCAAGUGUAAAUUACAAUUAAUAUAAUGAAACAACUAAAUCAUUCACUUUUUAGAGUAUAAUAAUUAAUUCUAUACCUUUUACAACAUAAUAAAUAAUUUUAGAAUAUAGCUUGGCUGAUUAUGUAUAGUAAUCUUAAAUUUUAAUGUAAAUUAAUUUCAGAAAAUGUUAAAGAGGUGAGAUAGAUCAUAUUUUAAGUGAUUAAAUAAGAAUUUGUGUUCCAUGUAAUAUUGGGUAGUAUUCUAUGUAUGAGUAUUCAUAAAAUAGUUAUGUAAGUGAUAUAGAGUGCUAGAAGUGCCCUGAGGAAUCUUUAAUAUGCAAUAAAGAUAAUUUUGUAUUGAAAUAAGGGUAUUGGAGGCAGUCUAAUACAUCUAAUAUAAUCAUUUAAUGCACUAAAUAUUAAGAAGCAUGUAAUGAAUAAGAAUUUAAUAAUUUAUUUGGAUGUGUUUAAGGAUAUGUGGGUCCAUUGUGCGAGUAAUGUGACUAUUCUGGAUCUAUAUGGUAGAGGAGAUAUAGUGAAAAUAGCAUAAGUACAAGUUGCUAAGAAUGCAGUUCUAUGUCUUAUCAGAUUGUAGCAAUCGUAAUUUCUAGUCUCAUAAUACUAAUCUACCUCUUCUUACAAGUUAUUUUUAUUGUAUCGAACUUGUACACAUAUUAAUCUUGCUAUUAUAUAAGAAUGAUGAAUCUACUUCCAAUUUCUGUUUCUUAAUUUAAGCUUAUAAACACUUUUUAUAUAAAAUGUUUAUUGAGUUAUUUACAACUUUAAGUAUUUUUGGUAGAUCAAAUAAAUAAAAUUUCUUUAUCUAUAAAUUUUAUUCCUAGCACUUUAGCUUAGCCUUCUUCAUUCACUGUUAUUGACGCUUUAUGUAUAGUAUCACCUGAAACACUAGAUAAAAAUGGACCUGGAAAGACUAAGCUUAUAAUUUCAUAAAUUUAUAAUCUAAUUCUAGGAGCAAUAAUAAUAUGUUUGAUUAUAUUUGUUGAGAAGAUUAAAUUUAACAAAAUUAAUUUUAAAAAGUACCUGAGAUAUAAUGUCUUUUACUUGCUUUACACAUUUAUGCAACCUGACGCCUUGAGACUACUGUCAAAAUUUCUUACUUGUAGAAAAAUUGGAGAUAAUUCAUAUUUUACUGAAGAUUUAUAAAUUUUAUGCAAUUAAUCAGACUAUAAACUGUUUUAAUAUUACUUCGGAAUUCCUUUAUUAGUCUUUUGGAUAGUUUUUCCUGCAAUUAUAUUUGUUUAAAUUUGUAAAAGAUCCAAAAAUUUAAAUAUAUCUUCAACAAUCUUUCGUUAUGGUUAUUUUUUUAUUGAAUAUAAGAAAAAUAAAUAUUACUGGGAAUUUGUAAGGAUGUACUUGAAGGUAUAGAUAGUAAUAUUCUUUACUCUUUUUAAUGGAAAUUAAAAGUUUUCUUACAUGGUUGCCGUUGUCUUUAUAGUCCUUUAUAUCUCAUAUCUAAAUAACUCAGACCCCUUCUUAAAUUAAAGGAUGAAAAAAUUAGAAUUGCUUUCAUUAUUUAAUUUAAUUGCUUUAAUAUGCUUUUAAAUCGUUCUAAGUAUCUAUAAUUAGCAACCAGCAAUUAAAAUAAUAAUGAUUUUACUUCAUUUUUCAUUUAUUAGUUAUGUAAUUUGGAUUAUUUUAUAUCGUUAGUUACUUACUAAACGAAAUAUUUUGGGUAGAACUUUUCUUUGUGUUAUCUAAAAGAUUCUAAGUUAGAAAAUGUUUGAUAAAAUAUAAAGGCAUACUGAAGUUUCUAUGAAAGUCUAUUAAAAUUGGAAAAAGAUUAGAAAUAAUUUGAAAUAUUAUAUAGAUUUACAUACAAUUAAUAAAAUGAAUUAAACAAUAAGUUAAAAGGAAAAUUAAACACAUAUUAAUUUAAUUCAUCCAAGACACAGAUUAGAAAGCAAUUUUUGCUGUUAAACUCCAAUACUUAACCAUCAAGAAAUUAGCAUAUUUGAGAGAAUAUGUAGUACUCCUAAUGGAAACAUAAUUUAACCAAUCAACAGUUAAUUGUCUCCGACUAAUUUAUUACUAAAUAAAAAUUAUGAUAGUUAAAAUAAAUAGUCUUUAUUUAAUUAACAAUCUAAAUAGCAAGAAGACAUAAAUUAAAACAAUUAAGUAACAAGUGGAAAAUAAGAUGACAUUUUUAUUAUUAAUUCUGAAAUGUCUAGCUAACAUUAAGAUUAAGCUCCAAGGUUCCAAGAUAAAUUUAGAUUCUAAAAAAAUAAUUAAUUAAAUACAGGAAAGCUUGUAAAUAAUUUAAAAUAAUGA